UGUAAAAGGCAUACCUGGCUGAAUAUUGAUUACAUGAAAUGUUCUCAAAACGCUACGCUUUCAGUGCGGAUAUCGUGUACUUUAGUCAAAUUGCUAAAAUCUGAGCGUUACUUUGCAAGUAUGGAAGUUAUAAGAACUGUUAUAGGUGUGGACGUUGGAGGAACAAAUACUGAUGCCGUGAUCAUCGACAGAACUGCCGAUAAACCAGUAAUUCUUGCACAAGCGAAGACUCGCACAACGAGCGAUGUUACCACUGGAGUUCGUGCUGCAAUUCACCUAGCUCUCUUAGAUUCCAAGAAAAGGAACCGAAUACUUUCUGUUCAGCAAAUAAACAUUGGGACUACCCACUUCAUAAACACGCUUGUUGAAGGAAAACAUUUAACCAAAGUAGCGGUGAUUCGUUUGUGUGGCACGGCAUCGAGGCGGUUGCCUCCCUUUUGUGAUUUUCCAGACAACUUGGUGGAUUCGAUUAAAAGCAGCGUGUUUUUGUUAAACGGAGGCUAUCAGUUUGAUGGGAAGGAAAUAACGCCGAUUGAUGAAAAAGAGGUUCAAGACAGUGUUGAUAUUUUGAAAAGCAACGGUGUAAAGAAUAUUGUUGUAUCUGGCAUAUAUUCACCCCUCAGGAAUGAGCAGGAACUGCAAGUGAUGGAGCUUAUUCACAAAUAUUUUUCAGAGGCAAGCGUCACAUUAAGUCAUGAAAUCGGCAAAAUUGGUCUGUUGGAACGUGAAAACGCUGCAAUUCUCAAUGAGUGUAUUAAACCACUUUGUAUUAAGAAAUUCAAAGAAUUCCGUUCUGCUCUGGACGCUUUAGGAUUGCAAUGCCCAAUGUAUCUUACAAGAAACGAUGGCACAAUUCUACAAGAAGAGGAAAUGCUUCGCUUCCCAAUUUUCUCUUUUUCUUCUGGUGCAACCAACAGCAUUCGAGGAGCUGCCUUUUUGACGGGACUGAAAGAAGCAAUUGUUGUCGAUAUUGGAGGAACGAGUACCGAUGUCGGUGUUCUACUGAAAGGCUUUGCUAGGGAAGCGUCUGUAGAGAAGAAGGUCGGUGGAAUAAGGACGAACUUUCAAAUGCCUGAUGUCAUCAGUAUAGGGUUAGGGGGCGGAUCAUACAUUAAACAUUCAAAAGUUCGAGGACAAGGCCGGAUAGAAGUAGGUCCACAGAGUGCAGGUUACUGUAUCAAAAAAGAAGCUUUUGUAUUUGCUCAACCAGGAGAUAUGAACGGUCGAGUUCUUACUGCAACAGACAUAGCUGUUGCCUCAGGAAUAGCCAAUGUUGGUAUGAUAAGUAAUGUCAAACAUUUAAACAAAGAAAACGUGAAGGGGACUGUAAACAAAAUACACAGCAUGAUCAGUGCAUGUAUUGAUCAGAUGAGAUUCAAUGACAGAGAUUUACAACUAGUUCUUGUCGGGGGAGGAAGUGUCAUCGUAGAUAGGAGCUGGAAAUUCGAUGGAGUAUCAGAAAUCAUUAGACCAGAAUAUUUCGACGUUGCCAAUGCUAUCGGUGCUGCCUUAAGUCAGAUCUCCACAGUUAAAGAUCAAGUUGUCAAUCUUGACAAAUACAUAAAUAAGCUGAAAAUGAAAGAAAAAAUUGAUGCUGAUCUUAAAGAAACUGCUGAUACUUCUGAAGAGGGAAAACUAAAGAUAACUGAAAACGUAAUGAAGGAAUUUCUCCAAGAGGCACGUGAAAAGGCCAUGGACGAAAUUCUGAAAGAAGCAAAAAUAGAAACGGUUGAAUCAGGUGCAAAUCCAGAUACCAUAUCUCUGGUGAUGAAAGACAUCGUCACUUUGACGUACAUUCUUGGAAAUGCGUCCAGAAUAAAAAUGAAGGUGGUUGGAGAUUUCAAGAUUGAUUCGUAUUCAAACAAUUUCAUUGUCCCAGAAACGGUCUAUCAUCAGGAGCCGCAAACUGGAAUGCAAACGAAGAAACAAACUGUUACAAAUACAGGUGUUCUUCUGUCUGAAAAUAGUGAUGCCAUCAGGAUAGAAACACCAAACGUCGACGAAAACACUGGUGAGUGGUUACUGUCAGAGUACGACACUGACUGUAUCCAUAUUGGCGCCGGGAUUUUAGGAUGUGGCGGAGGCGGAAGCCCUUAUCUUGGGCGUCUUUUAGCCAUCAGCACACUUCGAGCAGGGAAAAAAAUCCGUGUGAUUACACCAUCAAGAUUUUUCCAAAAUGUCCACCCACAAAAUGAUUUAGUAUCCAUUGUUGCGUUUAUGGGUGCUCCAGUAACACUGUAUGAAAAGCUUAUAGCCGGAAAUGAGACCGUCGAUGCUUUGGAAUGUAUGCAAGACUUGUUCAGAGUUGGAGGAUUUAAAGACGGAAAGCUUACUAACAAAGAUGGUGUGGACAUAAAGACAAAAGAUGGUGUUACAUAUAUCGAUGACUACAGGGUAAAUGCCCGUGAAAAAUCCGAUGAGAGCACGAAUAUGGGAGAUAAGAAAAUCGUAGCUUUGAUGAGCGCGGAAACUGGCGGUAUGAACAGUAUUGUGCCUUUAGUAGUAGGUGCGGCGUUAGACCUUCCUAUCCUAGACUGUGACGGAAUGGGCCGAGCAUUUCCGGAGCUACAGAUGAUGACGCCAUUUAUUUACGGAAAUGACCCAUACCCAGCAACGCUUGCAGACGACAAAGGAAGACGUGCAGUUGUUUUGCGUGCAGACUGUACAAAAAGUCUAGAAAAUCACUUCAGGGACGUUGUUAUCAGUAUGGGAUGUACUGGAGGAGUGGUCAUGUCUUAUUUUGAUAAGGACCAAGUUCUGUCGUCAACUGUACAAUAUAGCACAAGCCACGCAUGGCGUAUUGGAGACACGGUCUUGCGGGCUCGAGCUGAAAAAAGAUCAACCGUUGAUGCAGUCGUAAAAUCAGAAAAUGGAAAGUUGUUAGUUUAUGGCAAAAUUACUGAUGUUGUUAGGGAAACAACAGGUGGUUUUAAUAAGGGGAACCUUAUUCUGCAAGGCCUUGGUGAGUAUAGUGGCAAAACGGUUAUCGUCGAAUUUAGGAAUGAAUUUCUUGUCGCGAGAGAAGGUGACGUCGUUCUUGCUUGCGUUCCGGACUUGAUUACGCUGAUGGACGCGGACACAGCGCAACCCAUUCCAACGGAGGAACUAAGAUUCGGAAUUCGAGUCGCCGUUGUUGCUAUGCGUGCUUCUCCCAUGAUCAGUUCUGAGCAAGCUUUGAGAUUCGUCAGUCCGCAAGCGUUUGGCUACGGGGAUGACGUGCAGUACACACCUCUAUGUGAUUUUGUAGAUGCUGGGUCUGUUGGCCCUAAAUAACUGAUGCGCAGAUAAGAAAUUACAUCAUAUUGCCAUAAGAUCCUUAGACGAUGUCUGGCAAGAAGCCAGUUUCCGCGUCGGUCUUCUAUAUUCAUAAGUUUUGACAAUAAAGUGUAUUCCCCGCUUGGACAAAUGUUUGAAAUAGUUUUCAGCUCGACAAUUCAAAGAAUAGGUAGAGCUAUUGGACACACCCGUGCGGGCGUCGGCGUCCCGAUUUGGUUGUUUUUGUAUGUAAGCUGGCAUCUCAGUAACCACUUGCGGGAAUGGAUUGAAACUUCACACACUUAUUCACUGUGAUAAUCUGACUUACACUGCACAGGAUCUAUAACUCUACAUUUUUACAAUAUUGCGACUGAGCAGUUUUUUUGCUAAGUUUUUGUAUGAAAGCUGGUAUCUCAGUAAACACUUGUGGGAAUUGAUUGAAACUUGACGCACUUAUUCACUGUGAUAAACUGACUUACAUUGCACAGAUUCUUUAACUCUGUUUUACUGUUUUACAAAAUUAUGUCCCUUUUUCGACUUUUCGAGUUUUGGUUAAGAAUUCGCAUGUAUGCUGAUAUCUCAGUACCCGCCAAUGGAUUGAAACUUUACACACUUGUUCGCUGUCAUAUUCUGACAUGCAGUGCAGUGCAAAGGUUCCAUAAGUCUAUUUUACAUUUUUACAAAAUGAUAUCCCUUUUUCGAUUUAUUAUGUUAUUGGUUAAGUUUUUGUAUGUAAACUGGUAUCUCAGUACCCACUAAUGGGAAUGGAUUAAAACUUCACACCCUUGUCCAUUAUCAUGAGCACUGUUCCAUAACCCUGUUUUGUAUUUUUACAUAAUUAUGCCCCUUUUUCAUUUUUAUAUUCAUUCAAUUGACAAGGCUAUUGAAUAGUCGAGCGUUGCUGUCCUCCGACAGCUCUUGUUUAUUCAUUAAUUUACUCAAACUACUAAACUAUAUCAAAUUCAUUAUUAAUAAACUUCAUCAUACCUACUUUUAAAAAUGAUCUCUUUUUUUCAUUCAACUGAAAAACAUGUAAACACCUCAGUACUUUCCGAAAAUUAUAUACCAACUAGUCUACUAGAAGUUCAAUAUGUAACAAAUGUAGCCGGACAAGUAUUGUUUUUGUAUGUAAACUGGUAUCUUAGUACCCACUAAUGGGAAUGGAUUAAAACUUCACACCCUUGUCCAUUAUCAUGAGCACUGUUCCAUAACUCUGUUUUGUAUUUUUACAUAAUUAUGCCCCUUUUUCAUUUUUUAUAUUCAUUCAAUUGAAUAGUCGAGCGUUGUUGUCCUCCGACAGCUCUUGUUUAUUCAUUAAUUUACUCAAACUACUAAACUAUAUCAAAUUCAUUAUUAAUAAACUUCAUCAUACCUACUUUUAAAAA